AUGAGUCCGGCUUCAACCAUGAUGAAUCGUGAAUUUACAAAAUCUACACUAUUGGGCAGACCGGGACCAGAACCCACACAAGGAAAGACAGUGCUGAUUUUAAAGACGUUUCAGCAUCAACGUGCGGGCCAGCGUUAUUGGACAGACUCUGACAGGACCUAUUUCUUGCCAGACCGGUUAAAUGGUGAAAAUUACCUGGAAUUCCUGCAGAUUGCGUUGCUUGAUCUGCUGCUACCAAUUUUACCCGAUGCACCAAUUAUUUUCCAGUAUGAUGGCUGCCCCGCUCGUUACGUCCAACCCGUUUACGGCCUGGAUUGGUAG